AUGUCUCUGACGGAGGAUGGUGUCAGGGGUCUCGCGCCUGAAACCCAGGUCGGUCUGUCGAGAUACUCAGUGACUAUCAAACUGUGCGACAGCUAUUGUCUUGGUAUUGGUCUUGAUGAGCUAGUCGUUCAGCAACUAUCAAGUUGUGCAAUGGCAGUUAUGAUGACACCAAGGUCUGGUGUGAGUGUUGAUGAUGAUGAGGUUGAUGGUGUUGGUGAUAAGGUUGAUGGUGUUGGUGAUAAGGUUGAUGGUGUUGGUGAUAAGGUUGGUGGCAUCAACACAAGUGUCCAGUGUGUUGACUGA